ACCCCCUCACACGGCCGCCUAGAGGCACCUGCACAGACCACAGGCUCAUAUCGACUACACCCAGUGGUCCAGGAUCUCAUGAAUGCUCUUACACGUGCAGAGAGCAGCCACUCAUUCUCAGUCACACAAUCAUGGGGUCACAUACACCUCCAUUCUCUUCUUAGGUAGAUGCUGGCGCGAGUGCCUGUGCACACACACGCUGAAUCUUAGAAAUAUUUACAGCCUCACAAACAGGCUUAACAUACAAUUGGAGACACACGUAGAGCCACAUAACCUCACCUAGACACACUAUCACAAAGUCGUGUAUAAAACCCCCUAAACCUACCCAUCCUUAGCCACACACACACACCCUCACUACAUUGCCCGUAUCCUCCAGACAGACUUACGGUUGUUCCAGCAGGCUCCCCUUCCCCUCGACCUCCUCCCCCAGGGCCCCCUCGAGCCCCGGAGCACUUGAAGGGGCGGAGCCGUCUCCUCAGAUAUAAGGCUCCGGAGCCCGCAGCUGCGGCUCCUCAGACCUCCAAAAGGCCAUGGUCUGCCCGUGGAUGCCUCAACUCCUGUCCUGGGCAGCGAUCCUGGCGCUGUUUUUCCUUCCCCAGGCACGGCCGGCAGGCGUUUUCGAGCUUCAGAUCCACUCUUUCCGGCCCGGAUCAGGCCCAGGGGCCCCCAGGUCUCCCUGCAGUGCCGGGGGCCCCUGCCGCCUCUUCUUCAGAGUCUGCCUGAAGCCCGGGACCCCAGAGGAGGCCGCGGAGCCUCCGUGCGCGGUGGGCGCGGCGCUGAGCGCGCGCGGACCCGCCUACACCAAGCAGUCCUGGCCUCCAGCUCCUGACCUGCCGCUGCCCGACGGCCUGAUGCGCCUGCCCUUUCGCAACGCCUGGCCGGGGACCUUCUCUCUCAUCAUUGAAACCUGGAGAGAAGAGUUAGGAGAGCAGGUUGGAGGGCCCGCUUGGAGUCUGCUGGCGCGCGUGGCCGGCCGGCGCCGCCUGGCGGCCGGGGGCCCGUGGGCGCGGGACGUGCAGCGCGCCGGUGCCUGGGAGCUGCACUUCUCCUACCGAGCGCGCUGCGAGCCCCCAGCCACCGGGGCCGCGUGUGCGAGCCUCUGCCGCUCGCGCAGCGCCUCCUCGCGGUGCAGUCCGGGACUGCGCCCCUGCGCGCCGGUGGAGGACGAGUGCAAGGCACAGCCGGCAUGCCGGGCCGGCUGCAGCCCAGAGCACGGUUUCUGUGAGCAGCCUGAUGAAUGUCAAUGCCUGGAGGGCUGGACGGGGCCCCUCUGCACAGUCCCUGCCUCCACCAGCACCUGUCUCAGCUCCAGGGGCCCGUUCUCUGCUGUCGCUGGAUGCCUCGUGCCUGGUCCUGGCCCUUGUGAUGGCAAUCCAUGUGCCAACGGGGGCAGCUGCAGUGAGACGCCCGGAUCCUUCGAAUGUGCCUGUCCCCGUGGGUUUUAUGGGUUGCAGUGUGAGGUGAGUGGGGUGACAUGUGCGGACGGACCUUGUUUCAAUGGUGGCUUGUGUGUGGGAGGCACAGACCCGGAUUCUGCCUACGUCUGCCACUGCCCACCUGGUUUCCAAGGCUCCAACUGUGAGAAGAGGGUUGACCGGUGCAGCCUGCAGCCAUGCCAAAACGGCGGGCUCUGCCUGGACCUGGGCCACGCCCUGCGCUGCCGCUGCCGCGCCGGCUUCGCGGGCCCGCGCUGCGAGCGCGACCUGGACGACUGCGCGGGCCGCGCCUGCGCCAACGGCGGCACGUGCGUGGAGGGCGGCGGCGCGCGGCGCUGCUCCUGCGCGCUCGGCUUCGGCGGCCGCGACUGCCGCGAGCGCGCCGACCCCUGCGCCGCGCGGCCCUGCGCCCACGGCGGCCGCUGCUACGCCCACUUCUCCGGCCUGGUCUGCGCCUGCGCGCCCGGCUACAUGGGCGCGCGCUGCGAGUUUCCGGUUCGCUCCGACGGCGACGGCGCGGACGACGACGACGACGACGACCGCGGGGGCGCCUUGCCCGCGGCCCCUCCGAGCCUGCCGCAGGGCGGCCCGCAGCGCCUCCUCCUGCCGCCGGCCUUGGGGCUGCUGGUGGCCGCAGGUUUGGCCGGCGCUGCGCUCUUGCUGGUCCAGGUGCGACGCCGUGGCCUUGGCCGAGGUCCGGGGCCUCGCUUGCUGCCGGGCACCCCGGAUCCAUCGGUCUUGGCGCUUCCUGAUGCGCUCAACAACCUGAGAACGCAGGAGAGAACCGGGGAGGACCCGAGCCCGUCAGUAGAUUGGAAUUGCCCUGAAGAUGGAGACUCCAGUGAGAUUUACGUCAUAUCUGCUCCUUCGGUCUAUGCUCGGGAGGCCUGACCUGCUCCUUCUCCAUCAGCGCCUGGAGACAGAGCUUGGAUAUUUUUCUGUUUACCUGAUGAUGCCCAACCAAUCUCUGCCUGACACUUUGGAGUUCAACCUGGAAGGGGUGGCUGGUAGAAUUUUACAGUUGGAAGUACAUAAUGGUUAUUUAUAUCAUUGAAUUUUUUUCUUUCCACUUCUCCAGAGACUUCUAUACUGACUCUUAUUUUGAUCAG